GUAAAACAAACGACCAAAAAAAAACCGUUGGAGACGUUUUGCCCAUUUUUAUUAAGUUUCCUGAGUUAUGCAACCAGCAUCUCCUACAGAGGCACAACUGCUCAUCCAUACGCCUUUUAUUUACACCAUCGGAUGGCUAUUUUGUGUGUAAUAUCUGUUUGAUUUGGACCAGUCAACGCGGCUGAAUUGACGGUUGAAUUCAGAAAGAUAUGUCAGUUGAAAAUCACCCAGUGUGCCAUUUGCGUCACAGCCCGCGGCCUCUCGCACGCCCAUGGGGGGCGAUGGAGUUGCUAAUGGAGACUAGUGUUUCUCUGUCUGUGUUUGCUGACGAUGCUCCGGCUAAAAAGGGAACCAAUAGACACGGACAACAAUCGCCGUGUUACAGGAGUGAGCUGGUCGUGAGCGUGUGGUGCAGCAGGUCACUCUUGGCGGCAUGAUGAGGGUCCAGAAGUCUACCAGGAGGAAGAACUCUCACUGCCUCCGCAGACUCGAGAAUGCUGCUCAGACAGAGGUGGAGGAAGCAGACACCCAGCCUCCACCACAGGAGGAGCCCCGAGGAGGAGACCAGUCCUCUGAUCAAGCCCAGCUCCAGACCUCUUCUUCAGCUGAGGCGCCGUCGGAGAACUUGGACCAGAAGGAAACCCCGAUGGACGACGAGGAAAAGGACGACUCCGCGGCCCAGCUCCAGAGCAAGCCUCUGUGGAAGCCCAUUCCCCCUCUGCUGCCUGAGUCCAACGAUAGCGGCACCAGUAACACCAGGGACCAGAUCUGCCAGACCGAGGAGCUGCUUCAGCAGACCGGCGCCGGCAGCUACGGUCAUAACACAGGUCUCUGUGCGGAGCCCGGCGAUCCUCCUCUGCUUCAGCAGCCUCUGCAGACCUCCAAAUCUGGGAUUCAGCAGAUAAUUGAAUGCUUCCGUUCAGGCACCAGCCAGCUGAAGCAAAUGCUGCUGAGGGAGGUGGACACCAUCUUUGAGUGUAAAAUAUGUCGCAGUCUGUUCAGAGGCCUGCCCAACCUCAUCACACACAAAGAGUACUACUGCCUAUCACGGCUGCCUGAACCCGACGGUUCAUCGGGUGAAGCAGCCAUGAAGGAUUUAUUGGACGCCAUAUAUCCCAGAAACCCAGACUAUGUGGUCCGAUUGGAGCCCAUUGAGACCACCUCCAAGGCCGUGUUCCAGUACCUCACCACAGAGGAGGAACUGGCUAGAUAUCCAUCGCCCAUAGCCAGUGCCAGAGAGAGUCCGGUAGCAUGGGAAGGAGAAUCAGUGGAGGGCGCGGACAACAACCAGUCGAGCCAGCCAGAGAGCCACGGCAGCCCGGGACACAAUCCGGGAACGAGGAGAUGGGAGGCCGAGGAGGAGGCUAAAGAGGAGCAGCCGCCGCCUGAAGACGAGGGCUCCACCAGCGGGGUGGAGGAUGUGACAAUCUCCUGUUGUCUGUGCGGUCAGGACUUUAACUCGCGCCGCAGCAUCAGACGUCACUGCCGCAAAAUGCACCAGACCAAACUGGAAGAGCUCCGAAAGUUCACAGAGACUCGUACGGUUCCCACAAGCCUCCUCUCUAUGGUGAAAGGGCGGCCAAAGACUCUCAGCACACCUACCGGAAAAUCCUGCCCAGUGUGCCUCAAAACCUUCGCCACCAAAGCCAACGUACGCCGUCAUUUCGACGAGGUGCAUCGCGGCCUACGGAGGGACACCAUCACGCCCAGCAUCGCCUCGCGGCCCGGCCAGCCCUUCUCUCUGGAGGUCACGCCCCCCAGGAAGAGCAACAGCGCCUCUCCGACACGGGGAAACAACUCCAAGUCCACCCCCGUGAACUCUAAAACAACGCCUUCGAACCAAAACCAGCCCAAACCUCAGAGUCCUACCCCGGCCUCUCCGCAGGCGGCCCCGGCCUCGGCUCGCUGCACGCUCUGCAAGAGGAACUACAGCUCUCAGCUCAUGUUGAAGAGACACAUGCGUAUUGUCCACAAAAUAUACAGCACCAAAAGUAACCGGUCUGCAACCACAGCACCCACGGCAACCACGGCACCCACGGCACCCACGGCAACCACGGCAACCCCGGCAACCACUGCAACCACUGCAACCACAGCAACCCCCUCUACUCCGGCAGCCACUCCUAACAGUAGCAGUGCUAACUUAGGCCCAAGCAACAAUGUCCGAGUGAAGGAGGAAGUAGCAGAUCCUUCCGAUGAAGAUGAGGAGGAGGAGGAUAUUGACAGCAGUCCGGCCCCGUCUCCUAGCGACAGCACUGGGUCAGCUAAAGGUGUCCCUGUGGCACCCAACGCCAUGAAGGUGAAGGAAGAGGAGGCCCCGUCGAGCCCAAAGAUGACGCCGUCCUUAUCUUCGUCAUCCUCGCGCAGUGGCAACACGUGCAGCGGGGGCGUGCUCGCCAAAGCGACCAAACUGUCGGUGGGUUUCGACUUCAAGCAGCUCUUCUGCAAGCUGUGCAAGCGGCAGUUCAGCUCACGUCAGAACUUAACAAAGCACAUCGAGCUGCAUACGGACGGCAACGACAUCUUCAUCAAGUUCUACCGCUGCCCCCUCUGUCGCUACGAGUCGCGACGCAAACGCGACGUCCUGCGUCACGUGACCGUGGUCCACAAGAAGUCGUCCUCAUACCUCGGCAAGAUCAUGCCCAAACUGGAGAACAGGGCGGUGAAGAGGCUGGCCGAGGUCGUCCUCAGCAGCCCGACCCCCACCAAGAGGACGAGCGCAGGCAUCAAAGAGGAAGUGAACGGACGUCCCGCUUCUUCAUCGCCGUCCCCCUCUCCUUCACCGCCUGUCACUCGCAAGCAAGAAGCUGCCCCAACCACCUCAUCAGCUUCCUCAUCAGCUUCCUCCUCCGCUUCUUCGUCUUCCUCCUCCUCCGCCCCGCCUCCUGCACCCGUCACUCGGAAACAGCAGGAGGUCUCAACGCCAGCGUUCAUUCCGUCCCCUCCCGUCACCCGCAAGCAGGAGAGACAGCAGGCUCGUCCCAUCAGCCCCCCGCUGACCCGCCGCAGUGAAAAACAGACACACCUACGUAACUCCUCCUCCUCCUCCACCACCACCACCACCGCCUCACCCAGCAUCCAAACGCCACACACCCGACGGCACGACGCCCAGUCAGAGAGCUGCGGCACGGGGUCGUCGUCCUCCACCGAAGUCAGAGUGACCAAGAACUUCUCCCUGCACGCCUGCGACCAGUGUGGACGGGCCUUUGCCAAGAAGCUCUACCUGGAGUCUCACAAGCGAAGUCAUCGUAACGCGGCGGUAGCGGCAGCCAGCAGGAGGAAAGGAGUCAGCACCCGCUCCAAAUCCCUGGUCUGGUGAAACACACACACACUUCCGCCGGGGAUAACGGACGAGCGAGCCGCUAACAAUGAAGAAGCGAAUCAAAACUUUUCAAUUUGGGAAAAAUAACGGAUGGAUGGAAUGAGCACAAAGCGCAAGAUGAAGGAAAACAAACAAAAGGAGCGCGAUUGAAGUACAAAGGAUUUCCACCUCUUUACUUCAGAACCAAAUAUAUUGUUGGAAUCUGACAU